GUCCCUGAGAGUGAUGGAGUGAGGAGAGAUAGAAAGAGUGAGUGUAGAUCCCUUAGUUGAGUGGUUGGGAAAUAGUCACGGCACAGCAAGAGACAGAAAAGUGUGACUGUGUGUGUGAGAUGGCGGUGAGGUGUACAGCUUGGAGCGGUUCUCUGGCUCGAUUUCUAGCAAUGCUGGAAGCACCAAGCCAGGUAAGAGCCUGCCACAGCAGGAGCAUGCCUGUUUCACAAGAGACACUAUUUCCAGCAAGCAGCUCCACUGUCAGGCCCUUCAAUGAGAUUCCUGGAAUGUGGAAGAACAGUGUAGGGAACCUCUACACCUUCUGGAAACUGGAUGGAUUCAAGAACAUCCAUCAUUUAAUGGUGCAUAACUUCAACACAUUUGGGCCUAUUUACAGGGAGAAGGUUGGGUACUAUGAAAGUGUGAACAUUAUUAACCCUGAGGAUGCUGCCAUCUUGUUCAAAGCAGAGGGUCACUACCCUAAAAGACUCAGAGUGGAACCUUGGACCUCCUAUAGGGAUUUUAGGAACCGCAAAUAUGGUGUUCUUCUGAAGGAUGGAGAGGACUGGCGUUCCAACAGAGUCAUUCUGAACCGGGAAGUAAUCUCACCAAAGGUGCAGGGGAACUUUGUGCCAUUAUUGGAUGAGGUGGGCCAAGACUUUGUGGCCCGAGUUCAUAAAAAGAUUGAAAGAAGUGGACAAAACAAAUGGACCACAGACCUUUCCCACGAACUCUUCAAAUAUGCAUUGGAAUCUGUGAGUGCAGUAUUGUAUGGUGAACGUCUUGGGUUGCUGUUGGACUACAUUGACCCAGAUGCUCAGCACUUUAUUGACUGCAUCACUCUCAUGUUUAAGACGACCUGUCCUAUGCUGUACAUCCCCCCUUCUAUUUUACGGAGGGUUGGAUCCAAAGUCUGGAAAGACCAUGUGGAAGCGUGGGAUGGUAUUUUCAACCAGGCGGACCACUGUAUUCAGAACAUCUACAGGCAGCUGAGGAAAGAAUCUGGAGCUCAGAACAAAUAUCCUGGAGUGCUGGCCAGCCUUCUAAUCCUUGACAGGCUCUCAAUUGAGGAAAUCAAGGCCAGUGUGACAGAACUAAUGGCUGGAGGGGUGGACACGACGUCCAUCACCCUCCUAUGGACUCUUUAUGAAUUGGCACGACACCCCGACCUCCAAGAGGAGCUGAGGAAAGAAAUAAUUGCAGCACGCAAUGCCUCACAGGGAGACACAAUACAGAUGCUCAAAAUGGUGCCACUGCUCAAAGGUGCUUUGAAAGAGACACUCAGGCUACAUCCUGUAGCAGUAAGCCUGCAAAGAUACAUCACUCAAGAUGUUGUGAUCCAAAAUUACCAUAUUCCAUCUGGGACCUUAGUGCAGCUGGGACUGUAUGCCAUGGGCAGAGAUUAUCGCAUUUUCCCCCGACCAGAACAGUAUCUCCCCUCUCGCUGGCUGAGAAAUGAAAACCACUACUUCAGGGGUUUGGGCUUCGGCUUUGGGCCUCGUCAGUGCCUUGGGCGCCGUAUUGCAGAGACAGAGAUGCAGCUCUUUCUCAUUCAUAUGUUAGAGAACUUCAAGAUUGAGAAGCAGAGACAGUUAGAAGUGAGGAGCAAAUUUGAGCUUAUACUGAUCCCUGAGAAACCCAUUCUCUUAACUAUAAAGCCUCUACACAUCAGUAACUGACAAACUCCUUCCAGAAGGUUCCACAUGAACAGAUAUGUGUGGUCAACGUUGUGUACUGACCGGUGGCAGAAAAUACAAAUUUGAUGUACCAGCAAAUCCAUGACUGUAUUCACUGAGUCUGGUCAACAGGUCCUGCUUUUCUUUCCCCCACUGCCUGGCAUUCUCCUCCAGCUACAACACAACACCGACACUCAGAAGAUGGAAUUUCACCAAAUGUGUUCUUAUUAAAGGUAGCUACUCUUUUAAGAAACAAACCUGUUUUCCCAAAGUACGAGUGCAGGCAUCUGCUCUCUCUAGCUGCUCUAAGAGUCUGAGCUUCUCACUGUCUGCAAAAGGCUGCUGGAUUUAAAAAGAGCAACAUGUACAGAAUCUUCUGGCUAGAGCUUAUGGUUAACACUUAUUUGAAGAGAAUUCAUGAGGGGUUUUUUUUGCAAUCAUUGCAUGAUUAAGUUUAACUACAUAAAUAGUAGUGUAGAAAAAAUGAUUUAGAGUCAUUUUACUUCAUAUAUUUAUUCAAUGCUAAUUGUGAAAAUGUACACUUGUAAGCUUUAUGCAGCCUAAUUUUAAAGUGUAAUCAAAAUAUUAAUCUGAUUAAAAAUGACUUGCUAUAUUAAGUUUUUUGGCAUUAGCACUAAACUGAAAAUUUAUAAUGUC